AUGAUGAUAAUUCCACCUUGGAUGAGUGCUUGUUUAUUUGGCCCAAUUUAUGAUUAUCCAGCGAUUGCAGUGGGUCUUUAUGUGGUUUUUUUACUAGGAAGUUCUUCAACGAUUGUUUAUUUAUUGGAAUAUCGAAUGAAAGCCGUGGUCUCUUUGAACAAUUUGAAAAUUUCAAAAAUUGCAAGUGCUUUGAAAUAUCUCUUCUUUCUAACAAAUUUUGUAGUAUUUGGAUGUUUCUGUAACGCAUAUAAUGAUUUUCAAUAUCAAGAGGAUUAUAAACUUGAACUUGAUAAGGUUAGAAUAAAAAAACAACUUAUGGAAUUCAUAAAAUAUUUAGACUGAUGGUCCAUUUCCCAAUUUUAUUUAUUGCAAUAAUUGCAUUCUUUACAAAAUGGACUCUUAUAAAACACUAGUCUUCGUCCUCUUCGCCAUUUUUUCUACCACAAUCGCCGCCAACGCGGGAUUUUUGAUGGCCUUUGUAUCCUACCAUGCGCUAUCCUCCAACCCAACAAUAUUCUCCAAAAGAACAAUGAUCAUACAAAAAUCGUUCCUUCGUAGUCUUUUUCUUCAACUCGGCGUGCAUUUCCUAUUCCUAGUCAUUCCACUAAUCGCUUUCUUUCCCGCUUUUUUAUUGCGACUUUCCAUGGAAAAAUGGCAAUAUUCUGUGCACUUUUUGACGAUUUUAUUCGUUCAACACGGAUCGUUUUCGACUUUGACAAUGUUGAUGUCGAAUAAACAAUUGAGACAUAAUCGUAAGUAUUGUAUUUUAUUUUUGAGUGAAGUUUUAUGUACGUUUUCAGUGAACUUAUUCACUCAGAAUGUGAGAAGAGGACUCCGAUUGAGUUCGAUAAACGAAUCGGACCACACUAUGAAUCAAACAUCUAUCGCACUUAACAUAAGAUAG